UCUACAAACGCAACGAUGUAAAAGUUUGCUUUGUGAAUUGUGAGGAUUUAUUUUGGGAGUUCCUAUUGAAUGAAGUAGAAGUGCAUGAAAAGUAGAAAAUUCAAUAAGUCAGUCUCUCUUUAACUGUGCUUGUUAGGUGGUGAUAAAGAAAACUGUCUGGCUUGUCUCAUGGUGCACAGAUUAGCAGUUUGUUUCUUAAAGGAGUGGGACACAGCCAAAUGACUCAAGUUUAAAUAAAAACAAACCGCUGUGUGUAAACGGCAGAGCAAGAGCAAGAGCAAGAGCAACAGCGCUUUGUAAAGAACCAACAGACUGAAAAACAAGUCUGGCUGUGUACCAUAGUGUGGUGUUUGUGCAAAAGUGACCUUUGAAUCAAAGGUUAUUAGAGUCCUGCAGACCUACCUGUGCAGCUGGAUCAGCAGAGCAGUGCUUAACUUGGUAUCUGAAUGAAACCAUCAGCAUACGUGUUUAACUGAUGUCUAAAAAUAGCAACAAUCUCCAACUUUUCCCAGCGCUUCAUGCAAACAUUUAAAAAAAUGUUUCCACCGUCGACAGCUUUGCUGCCCAGCUGGCCCUCGGCCCUCGGACCGGCCCUUAGAUCGUCAGUCCUGUAGAACAUUAACAAUUUUCCUUCAAACUGAGGCUUUUGACAACACUUUACAAACUGGAACAAGAAAGACGUCACGUAAGGAGAAAGCUGGCAAAGAAGUCUUAUUUGCACACCUGUGCACCAAAUGUCUCAACGCAUCAAUCAACACGUCGUUGUUUUUAUUGUGAUUGGCUGCGUCUCGUUAUUUGUAUAAUAAACAUUUCCUUAAUUCUAUUUUUGCUGCAGUUUUUUUUUUUGCUUGGUUCUUAAAAAGGAAUGCAAAGUUCUUGUUUGGUUCUGCAGCAGGCAGAAAGGUGAUGGAGUUUUCCCACAGCUGCAAGAGUUUAGACAGAAAAGCACACACUGAGGGGUGCGUCGUGCACCAUACGAGGUGGCAGUGAAGUCCCCAGGUAGAUGAAGGCAGGUUAGCGUACUGCACUUGGCCCACUCCGCAGAAGGUCGACAGGCUCAUGACAGGCAGGAGGUGAGUCAGUGCGUCAGUUCCACGUCUGAUCUAACAUUACAUGCAUCAUUUUUUCCGUAUGUAAACAGACAUUUUUGUGGCAGGUAAUGGCAGCAAUCCUUGAGUUUGCAUCGUGUCUCCUAACACACCCUGAUACUCAUUUAUUUUUAAUUUCUUUGAAACGAGUUGAAUCACGUUUCUGAAUCAUCGUGUUUUUUUCUGCACCUCAAACAUCAUAAAUUUGGCUCUAAGCAGGACGUGUGAGACUUUUUCUUCGUUCAGAUGUGAGAACAACUUCAACAGAAGAGAUGGGCGGUUAAAGAAAACCAUGACUUGUCACACACAACACCGCACACACGACUUCCUGUGUGUGUCUCUCACUGCCGUCUUCUUAGAGCUGCUUAGCUCUUUAAAAACCUAAACCUGGUGUGUCACCUGGUAAAAGUGGAGCAGUGAUGCCUCCUUUUGCACUGAUAUCUGGUGAAAGACGACCCUUUUCUAAAGUGGUCGUGUUUAGUGGCUGUCUGACGUGGCUGCUUUCAGAUGAACGAGCUUUUAAAAACCUUCAGUGGGACCAGGACAAGUCCACUGGUGAGGUUGUUAACAAAAUAAAGAACAGCUUUGUCUCCGUCUGAUAAAGAGAAAACUUGAGCUGCAGUGGCCAGAGUGCUGUGUGUCCUGAAUCUGUUUGUUGUUGUUUAGAACACGGUUCAGGCUGAAUGCCAGUAUCUUUUAGUCUGUAGAUCAUCUCUGUUGGAUAUUUUUACACACAUUCAGGGGUGGCGGGCGAACACAGGAUGUUCUGCAGGCGUCACAAUCAGACACGCGCUCAUAUCCUCUCAGUAAUUUCCCAGUGACGGCUCUGGCCUCUCACAAACUCACCCUCGCGGCUCAGGGUUGGGAUCCCUCACUGCUACGCUCGGCCUUUUCUAAAGAAGGCAUUUGAAGAUGAUGCGAUUGCUGUUCCUGUGUCUGCUGCUGCUGCUGCCAGCUGCCACUGUUUCUUCAGAGGACUUUGGUGGAUCAGGUGAUGAAAGCGACGAUGAGGACGACUUCAUCGACAGAGACACUGCAGUUGCUAUUGGUACGGACAAAGCCACAGGUACAGAAGAAUCCUCAGAUCAGAUGACCGUGAUCAUCGUCGUCGCGGCCGUCGCAGUGGUGGCUCUUUCUGUCGCAGUCGUAAUCGCCGUCAUGCUAAUAAAACGAAAUACGAGACUUCGGCAGCAAGCGAUUUACUCUGUGCCCACGGAGCAGAACGUGAAGGAGGCCAUCUAAUUCCUGGCAGCGCCGCAGCCCUACAACACACAUCCAAGGGAGGGGCGACGCGUCGGGCUAUACCUCCUCUCUGACUCAGGACAGUUAAACUUAUUUGCACAACAGCCUGCUUGCCACUGCUCAUUUUCCUGCUCACUCCCACACAUCCUCGUGCAUGCACAACACAUGCAAAGCUUUUGUUCUUUUUGCUGCUGCACGCUUUUAUCUUUGUCCCAGUCGUUCUGUACUCCCAUAGGCCCACGGUUUAGCCCAGACUUCUGGAACACAUUCAACCCUUCUAAUUGGAUUCUAUUUGAAGAAUCUAAAUUAAAGACGGGGCAUAUGGCUUAAAGCGUCUUUGUUGAGAGAUAAUUUAGCAUAGCUGUGGUAUUUUUUCUGCUACGGGAAAUGAUUCUGACCAGCUAAGCAGUAAAAGUGUAUUUCUGCUGCAUGUGGAGCAGACCUGUCUCUGAAAUGGUCGUUGAGUGAGACAAACCACGCUAAUCCACACUAAGCCUGCUGAGCGCUCACUUAUUCUCCUAUUCACUUGUCUGACAUCCUCUGUUCCCGGCCCAAUGGGAGCGAUGGGAGGUAGUGCAGGAGGAAAAAGGCCAAACCUUUUCUCCUUCUAUUCAAAAGCUGUAAAAUAGAAGCAAGUGGAAACACACACUUUCAGCAAAGCUGCAUAUUAAUCAUGAUGAAUGAUGUUUUCACUUCUCUAUCUCUUUCAGUUUGAAAAGCUCUCUGUUUAGUUUUGCAUAUUGUAAAUAGCUCUCUGAAUGCUGUGGAGUGUUAGAUGAAUGCUUUCUACACGAGUAGCGGGAAGCGUGGUCUGACGGAGCGGAGGAAAAAAGUAAAAGGCUGUGGAAUAAUUGGGGAAAUACUAGCAGUGUCUUUUUCAUUGUGAGGGAGGGCGCUAAUUUCAUUCCAAAUACAUCAAUCCUUCUGUGUGCCGUAAAGCCUUUCAUCCUGGAACAAGACCCAGGCGUUUAAACUACUGACAGCUUUUAGAAAUGUCAAGUUAAACGCCAGAUUUGUCAAAACAAGAUCUCGUUUUGCUUAUCCACCAAAUCUGGCUAACGGGGGAGAGUUUGGCUGCGAUGCAGCCACUUUUAAGAGCAAACUCACACCGGCGUCCAGGUAUCAGGCUAAGGGAGGUGUCCCUGCAGCAUUCAUGUCUCCACCUUUAGCCCUCUCAUGCACGCUUUAGCAUUUCAACAAUAAUACAACAUAACCUGCAGCUGGAAACAUUUCAUUCAUUUUUUCCAUUUUUCUAAUUCAUUUCUACUUAUUCUCACUAUUGUUGGUGUAGUUGUGUAAGCGCAGCAGCGUCAGGCCUUUAUCAAUCCUCUCAUCCACACCACGCUGUUACUUCCUCCUGGAAAGCCUCUGUUGUGACACUACUCAUUAAAUCUAAGUGCAACACAUGUAGCUGAGCUUUUGUUGGACGCUGUUAUUCAAGUCAAACCGUGACAUCUGUUUUAAAGGCAUGAAACAUAUAUUUGUGUUGUAUUGUUAACUCAUUAUGACCUGAGCUUUAGGUUUUCUGAAAAACUUUAAUUUUCCUUGAAUAAAUGAGAAUUCACCGUUGUGAAGUACUGAUCUGCAGCGACCAUGAAUACACAACUUAAAAGCUAAAAGCUAGAGCUGAACACUUCAGGCACAGUGUGAUUGCAUCAGGCCACGGUGAGUUUAUUAUUAACCGAACAUUACAAAUUUAUUGUUCAUGCUAAGUGAAAAGAAAAAUAGAGCUCGGGCUAAACAUUUUUAAAUACCUGUUCAGUUAAAGGGCGACGUCCUUCUGCCGUCUAGUGGAGAAAAGUCUUAAGUCAUGUAAAAUAUUUGUAUUUUUAGUGUUCUAUAGCAGCAAAACAUUAGAAAAUUGAAUUCCUUGUCAAAUACUUGUAUUCAUAUGCACUUUUUAUAAUCCAGAGUUAUAUAUUUUAUGUUAAAAGGGAUUUCAUGAAUACCUGACAGCGUUUGUGUCAGUGGUUCUCAAAGUAAGCCUGGUUCUGUUUGCACCUUCACCAUCCCUUUUCUUUGUUGCAUAAAUCAAAAUAGAAAGAAAGAACUACUGUAUUUUGUGUAGCCACGCUGAUCUGAAUGGUGUUUAUUUUGACAUUAAAGAUGUUAUAAAAUA